AUGGAAGGAAAUUUUCAAAGCUGCGAGAUAAAAAUUUGCGACAAUUACAAUACAAAUGAUAAAAAUUACACAAAAUUCUUCGCCCUCCACCAACAAGAAAAAAUAAUCCAAACUGCUCGGAUACUUAACUCGUUUGGUAAACAAUUUCUACACGGGCUAAAUCCAACAGAUGAAAAGUAUUAUAGCGCUAGUGAUGAUUACUCCACAAAGUUUCACAGUGUUGUGGAAACCGUUGAUACAUUGGUAGAGUGGCUGGAACGCUCGGGGAAUGAUGUGGUGGAAAAUUUAAAGAAGAAAGAAGCCAUCUUGCGUGGAGUGCUACGCUUGACAGGUAAGCUUGUACUAUAUAGUCUUGUUUUGAACUUGUUUUAAUAUAUACUACUACUGGAUAGCUCUAACGGUUCUCAACAUGCAGUUGUUCCUUAGAAGUCCAUAAGAGCCAUCUCUCAGAUCCAGCCAGGGGGCUUACCAAGCCGGACCGCUUGUACGAAAGCCGGAUAGCGCUAUCCACCGCAUGUUUUCAUCCUUUGUAAAAUUCUUUGAAAAGCUACAAAUCUACUAGCCAUUAUAGCAGGCGUUUAUUUGCUUGCGGGUAUGGAUCUCACAAUUAAUAAAAAUAAACUUUAAUUUAUGAUUACUGAAGUUUAAUAUGGGUUAUACCAAUCAACCGACAAUUUUAGAAAGCUUGAAAAAAAAUUAACUGGCCCCUGAUUACCAAAAAACUGGUAACACUGGCUCAAUAUAUACCAGUAUACCGAAAAUUCCAGGCUACGUAUGCCUGCCUGAGUACUUAAUCUUGGGUAAAUAUAAUUAUAAUGAAAUGAAGAAUUAGAUAAAAAUUAAUACGAUCUGUUUCAUUUUCCUCAAGAACUUGGGAAUCAAGCUAGUCUAUUUGGCAUACUGGAACUAGCCUGCAAGUUCCUUGAUGUACCUAAAAACCCCUACCCAGCCGAACGUGAAUACAUAUCAGGCUCACUGGCCGAAGUUGACGACCAAAAACGAGCCAUCUACGUAAUACUCCGAGAAGCAGGCGAAAUCCUACGAAGUAUCAUCGACGACGAUAAAUUUGACAUAAACAAAGGGAUGCAAUUUGAUAACAGUGUCAGAAAAGCGGAGUUAGAAAUUCAAUUCAGUCAAAGACGUUUGGAUGGCGCGAAAAAAAUGACAGUCCAGUUAAUGCAAAAAAUGCGGUCAGUGAAAUGGUUUUCCCGCGCUGUUCGAGCCCUGGGUAUAGCCAUCACCUGGUACUUCGUGUACUACAAAUAUAAGGAUUCGACAAUUGCCUUGCCUGUUAUGCUUUUGGGGUUUCUCGUGUCUGCUAUGGUGUGGUUGUCAUUUUUCCCGAGUAAUGCUUACGGAUUUUACGAGGCGUUAUCUAAACUGGACGUGCAGCAUCGUUUGCUGAGUGCGGAACUGGGCACUAUAAACGAGCGAUUAAAGAGCACCGCUGACCACAAAGAUGAAGUGGCCGACGAAAAAUUAACGAUCUCAAGUAAUUGA